GAUACGGUGAUUAGAAUAUAACCAAAGUGACAUGCUGAAUUCGCCAUAAUCAAGGAACCUCUUUCCGGGUGGGGAACCUCAGGAAUUACUCAGUGAGCAACCCUAAUUAACCUGAUUUUUUGGUGAUAAUCACUCUCAAUGGAAUCAAAUCACAAAUCCGGGGAUGGAUUGAGCGGCACCCAGAAGGAAGCAGCCCUCCGCGCACUGGUCCAGCGCACAGGAUAUAGCUUGGUCCAGGAAAAUGGACAAAGAAAAUAUGGUGGUCCUCCACCGGGCUGGGAUGCUGCACCCCCAGAAAGGGGCUGUGAGAUUUUUAUUGGAAAACUUCCCCGGGACCUUUUUGAGGAUGAACUCAUACCAUUGUGUGAAAAAAUUGGUAAAAUUUAUGAAAUGAGAAUGAUGAUGGAUUUUAAUGGCAACAACAGAGGCUAUGCAUUUGUGACAUUCUCAAAUAAGCAGGAAGCCAAGAACGCAAUCAAGCAACUUAAUAAUUAUGAAAUUAGGAAUGGGCGUCUCCUCGGAGUCUGUGCUAGCGUGGACAAUUGCCGAUUAUUUGUGGGAGGAAUCCCCAAAACCAAAAGGAGGGAGGAAAUCUUAUCAGAGAUGAAAAAGGUCACAGACGGAGUUGUUGAUGUCAUCGUCUACCCAAGCGCGGCAGACAAAACCAAAAACCGGGGAUUCGCCUUCGUGGAAUAUGAGAGUCACCGCGCAGCCGCCAUGGCUAGGAGAAGGCUGCUGCCAGGAAGAAUUCAGCUGUGGGGACAUCCUAUUGCAGUAGACUGGGCAGAGCCAGAAGUCGAAGUUGAUGAAGACACGAUGUCUUCAGUGAAAAUCCUCUAUGUAAGGAACCUUAUGCUGUCUACCUCAGAAGAGACGAUUGAGAAAGAAUUCAACAGUAUUAAGCCAGGAGCUGUGGAACGGGUGAAGAAGAUCCGAGACUACGCUUUUGUGCAUUUCAGUAACCGAGAAGAUGCAGUUGAAGCAAUGAAAGCUUUAAAUGGCAAGGCGCUGGAUGGUUCCCCGAUUGAGGUGACCUUGGCCAAGCCAGUGGACAAGGACAGUUACGUUAGGUACACCCGGGGCACAGGUGGCAGGAACACCAUGCUGCAAGGUGAAUACACCUACCCUCUGGGCCAUGUUUACGACCCCACCACAACCUACCUUGGAGCUCCUGUCUUCUAUACCCCCCAAGCCUAUGCAGCCAUUCCAAGUCUUCAUUUCCCAGCUACCAAAGGACAUUUCAGCAACAGGGCCCUCAUCCGGGCCCCUUCUGUCAGAGAAAUUUACAUGAAUGUCCCUGUAGGGGCUGCGGGAGUGAGAGGACUGGGCGGCCGUGGGUAUUUGGCAUACACAGGCCUGGGUCGUGGAUACCAGGUCAAAGCAGACAAGCGAGACGCCAAGCUCUAUGACCUUCUGCCUGGGAUGGAACUCACCCCGAUGAAUCCCGUCUCUCUAAAACCACAAGGAAUUAAACUUGCUCCUCAGAUACUAGAAGAAAUCUGUCAGAAAAAUAACUGGGGACAGCCAGUGUACCAACUGCAUUCUGCCAUUGGACAAGACCAAAGACAAUUAUUCCUAUACAAAGUAACUAUCCCAGCACUGGCCAGCCAGAAUCCUGCAAUCCACCCGUUCACACCUCCGAAGCUAAGUGCGUUCGUGGAUGAAGCAAAGACAUAUGCUGCAGAGCACACGCUACAGACCUUAGGCAUCCCCACAGAAGGAGGGGACGCUGCGACUACAGCAGCCACAGCCACAUCCGCCACUGUGUUCCCAGGAUAUGCUGUCCCCGGUGCCACCGCCCCUGUGUCUGCAGCUCAACUCAAGCAAGCAGUGACCCUUGGACAAGACUUAGCGGCAUAUACAGCCUAUGAGGUCUACCCUACGUUUGCAGUGACUACCCGAGGAGAUGCGUAUGGAGCCUUCUGAAGAUUCCUUUCCUCUAAGAAUAAGACUCCCAGAAUGCUCAGUAGACAAUAUGAACCUCAAACCAGAUCCCUUGUGGUCAUAAGUCAUACCUUUCCCAAAGCAAUGCCUCUCCUGAGACGCCAGGACUUACUGUAUUACUCAUGAAAUGUGAAUCUUAUUCUUCAACAAAAUCAAAUCUAAGGAGCCUUUUGCUUCAAGGAAAUAUGAAGAGCCACUAACAGCAAAAGUUAUUCUUCCAAAGAUCCCUAGUGUCUCAGGAAGGUGUUAAAACCCUAACAAAUUAGUGUAAGCUCACUUAGUACCAGGAACUGGGGCCCAGGAUGAGCUAGGCAGUCAGCAACAAGGCAUAGACAGGAAAACUUCUGUCUCGGUCACUGGCUCAGAGCUGCUUCGGCACUCACAAAAUCAAGAGGCCAUAGGAAAGCAGGAGGCUUUGUAAGAGGUAUUCACCGUCGCCAACAAUGUAGGGUAAGCCCAGGCCUAAGCUCAUUAAAACUGUCUGAAAUGUCAUAGAUCUCAUUAUCACUUUUGGUCUGGAAAUUGUCUCCCCUCAAUAUGUCAAAGAUCAGCAUCUUCCUAUACCUUCAGCCUCCGGGACUUCCUAGAAAUCAAUAUGAUGUGUUUCAAAUAUGCUUGAGACAAUCUAAGCCCUGUAUUUAUUCAACACCGUAAACCACUCUUUUGCUUGAAAAUCCCUGCCCAAGGCUGUUCGAACCAUAGAAGCUAUCCCAACACCAAGCACUACAGUGAAAAACGACUUUUUCUCAUCUGGAAAUCUUUACAUGUCCAUACUAUUUUCUGUUAUCCCAGACUCAUUUUGCUAAACUCAAACACUGGUAAAGUAAAUCAGAUAUACAUAAUACACUAUGAUAUUUUCAUAAUCAGAAACUGGCCAAAAAAGUCUUUUCAAAGACAAAAGGGAACUUGCUUUGCUUCUCUCACUCUAAGGCUAGGCUGACCUCAAAUUUGUGAUCCUCUCGCAUCCCCGUGCUGAGAUAGUUGAUGCACAACACCACACCCAGCUCCAAACAGUUAUAUUAACUUGAGGUUAACUUCAAAUUCUCUACCUAGUUCAUAUUAAAUCCACCAAGAAACAUUGCCCUUUUAUUCUUUUGAUCUUCUUUCAAUAUGUGCAGAACAGCUGGGGAAGAGAGGAGAGAGAGCAUGUAGGCACCUGCUUGAGCUUGGGAGUGGGUGGAGCUUGUCUCUUAAAGGGACCUUUGCACCUGCAUAUAGUCAGGGAACUGGCUGCCAUAUGCUGAGGGGUGACUGUGCCAGGUUCCCAAGGGGCACCAGGAUACUAACAAUGGUUGUUAAGAGACCAUCCCUUCAGAGUUUAGUAAAAGUGCUACUUGCCAAAAUGUUCCUGAAUAUUCAGAACAUCCGAUAGUGAUGGGAUGGGGGUGAUAGGGCCAGAGAUGAAGGUUAAAAGGCCGUGAUGCUUUGAUACAGAGCAUGUAUGUUCAAAACAGAACGUCAAAAUCCAGUACUGAAUCAAAACACUUUACUCCCAUUUUUAUUAGCGAUUUAGGGGACAUAGCAUUAGAACUCCCAUUUUAAAAAAAAGAAUGACCCAUAUGAAAGUCUGUGGAACUCAAGGGCAAACAAACACAAAGGUGCAGAAAAUAUUGUCAACUCCUUAAUGGAACUCUGGAAUCUAAAAUCAGGACAGAUUCCAAUCAGAGCCAGGGAAAUGUCAAUCAUGGUUGAAUGUCUGAGCACCUUCUGGUUCUAGGAGUUCCAACUGGGCAUCUAAAGCCAAGCCCCUCCCGCUGAAACUCUGGAAGGCUCUGGAUUUUCUGGUUCAUACUUUCUUCCUCGGAUCGUUGUGUCACUGAGCAUAGGAACAUCUGAAUUUGGUGGCACAUCCAAAAUACCUGAUAGGGCGCGUGCCAAUUAAGUGAGAGUGUCGUGGCGUGCAGGCCUGACCUCUGCCUCCCUGGGGCUGGUCUGUGUAGUACGGAGUGGACAGACGGAAUGAUUUGGGGGGUGGGUGGCUAUUACUUUGUUAUAGUAACAUAUAGAGAAGAUUUUUGGAUUUCAUUAGAAUACAUUUAUAGUGUCCAUGUGUUGCUACCCUGAUAGGCCAAGUUUGGGUGUAAUGACCUUGGAUCAAGAGAAAAAAUGGAUUGUCAUUUUGGGUGGAGGUGUUGUUGUUGGACUUGAGUUGUUUUAUGCUAUGGUCUUUGUUUUCCUUUUCUUUCUUUCUUUUUAAACAUCUUUAGGACAGACUCUAUUUAUGCAGCUCACGCUAGCCUCAACCUCUUCAGUCUCCUGUCUUUGGCUGGCACCACAGGCUUGCCCCACCACAUCUGCCCCAAAGAUGAGCUUUGAAAAGAUCAAGUAUCAAACCAAAGGCUAGUUUUGCAUAUCAUUCAUAUUUUAGAUUAGUGAAUAAGCAGUAACACUGCCUGCCUUUCUGACUUCUAAUCCAUUUUUCUGGUUCUUCUCUGCAUACUUCUUAGUUCUUCAUUAAAAAAAAAAAAAAACCUUCAAAUCAGCAGGGCAACCAAACGAAACAGACAAAAGACCCCGAACUGAAUCACCAUUGGAAAAUCUAACAAAUUAGCGUUUGGUUUCUUACAGUCUGGCAAGUAGUAGUGUGUUGAUAAAAUCUGCUGGAUGUUACUUGGAAUAGAGGAAAUGGAACCGGGUGAAAUGGAGCCUCUCUUUGUCCCCUGUCAACUGCUGUCCGUUCUCGGAUGGCUGUUUUUCCAUCCCACAUCCUCAGUAAAUCAAGAGGAGCAACAGCUACUGCAGUGGACAGAAACUGCCCUAGGGGACUUAAGGUGUGUCCAGCAGUCAACACAAGAUCCUGCCAAAUGGACUUCUCAAAAUGCGGCUGGCAAACUACCUCAUAUAAGAAAACA